UACAGAGUUGUACACAACAUGGCGGCUCUUGGCACGGCGUCCUGUCUCCUGGUAGCAGAGUGAAGAGUCCGCUGCACGAAGAAUUGAGGUGUCAUCGGCUCCGGACAUGGCUGUAGCAUUACUCAGCCCCGGCCUCCGGGAGGAUUUCUCACUAAUCAGUGACCGAGACCUGGAGGAGAGGAGUGCUGGCGGAUGGGAGAGCCCCAGGCAUGACAACUGGAGGGACCCCGGGGAAUCUGACUCAGACAGCGAGCAACAGGAGGACAGCAUGGAGGAACCAUUCGAUGGAGUGCUACAUGAAGGAAUGGUUUCAGAUGGACUGUCAGUGUUGGGUCGUUCAGCUCCUGGAACUGAACAAGUGUAUCUGCAUCUAACCAUAUCUGAUAAAAAACUAAAUGAUAUAAAGAUUCUCUGCAAUUAUGCGCAUCUGCAAAAGUUGGAUGUGUCCGGCAAUGAGGUUUGUGAUCUAUCCUGUGUCAGUUACAUGCCUUACUUGACUGAACUGAAUGCCUCCAACAACAAGCUGACUACUUUUUUUGAUUUUGUUCCUCCUAAAAAUCUGAUGGUUGUCAAUUUGUCAUUUAACCAGAUAACUGACAUGAAGGAUUUAUCUGUGCAUAAGGCUCUGACAACACUUUUAUUAAACGAUAAUAAUAUCCAGGAGAUAAUUGGCUUGGAGAAAUGCAUCAGUCUGACACAUCUGAACUUGGCACACAAUAGCAUUUGUAACAUCUGUGAAUUUGGUAACUUACCAAUCAAAACCCUGAAUCUGGCCUCCAAUCAGAUUAGGAGAAUCAGUGGGUUGGAAGAUCUGAAAAGAUUACAAUGUCUGGACCUCUCAUCUAACCAGCUAUCCAGUCUCGAAGGCCUAGAGGGUCUGGAACUUGUGCAGACGCUCAACCUGGAAGACAAUGAAAUUUGUCAGAUCAGUGAAAUUGCUUUCAUUGAAGAGCUGCCUUUGCUCCAUGUUUUGAACCUUCUAAAUAAUCCAGUACAGGAACAAGCUGAAUACUGGCUGUCAGUGCUGUUUAUGCUACAAAGAUUAACGGAAUUGGAUAUGAAAAAGAUCAAAGUUGAGGAGAAGGUGGCGGCAGUGAAUAAGUAUGAUCCUCCCCCAGAGGUAAUUGCUUCACGGGAUCAUAUGGCCAAUGUUAUGUACAGCACGAUCCAGCCACAAAAGAUCUUGGACAGCACAUUGCCGAAUCUGGAUACCGCCUACCCAAUGCUAGUGCUGACAGGGCCCCAGUCCUGUGGGAAGCGGGAGCUAGCACACAGAAUGUGCAGAGAUUUCAAGGAGUUCUUCCGCUACGGCCCCUGUCAUACCACCAGAAAUCCUUACUUUGGAGAAGAGAAAGGGUUUGAUUUCCACUUUGUCACCCCAGAGAUAUUCGAGAAUAUGACAUGCUCCGGUCUGUUUCUCCUGACUUUGAAAUACAGUGGUCACUACUAUGGUCUGAGCAUAGAGGCCGUAGAAUCUGUUGCCAGAGAAGGUCUUGCUUGUUGCACCCACAUGGAAAUAGAGGGUGUUAGAAGUUUGAAGAAUUCCUACUUUAAACCACGCUACAUCUUGCUCCUGCCAUUAAACAAGGAGAAGUAUGAAGGCUGGCUGAGAAGGAAGGGCUUGUUCAGUAGAGCCGAGAUAGAUGUUGCUGUGUCUAGAGUGGAUAUGUAUGUCAAGAUACAACAAGACUGCCCAGGCUACUUUGAUGCUGUCAUCAAUACAGAUGAUUUAGAUGAAGCCUACGGUCAAUUAAGAUUGCUUGUUAAAGAGUACCUAGGCCUGACUGAGCCAGGACAAUCUAGUCAGAGCUUAACCAGAGCUAAAUCCGGAACCGAUUCUGGGAAACCUUUCACUGAAUCCUCACCUAAUGAAGCUACUAAAGAGUCUCAGAACUACAACAAUGAUUUUCAGGAUUCCACUGCAAGAAAUUAUUCUGCUAGAAUCUCAGCCAAGGUUUCCCCACAAAAAACACCUGCAGAGGAAGCCUCUGUUCAGAGACGUCAGCAAGCAACAAGACAGGCUUUAGCAGGAAAGACCCCCGGAACAUACACCCAGCUGUUUCAGAGAGGUCCACUAACUGCCCCAGCAACAUUGGGCACCCACCGCCGCCUUCUAGACCCUGCAUCAUGCUCAUCAAUGAAGCCAAGUGGUAGUAAUGUAACUGCAGAUCGUAGUUUCCCACCAGUCAGCCCUGAAACCAGUUCCAGGGACUCCAGGGCUAGUUCUGGCUUGUCCUUACUGUCUUCUGCUGGUGCGUUUUCUGUUAGAAGAUCAUCUUCCCAGCCAACUCCUGUCAUCAACAUUCAGUCCCCUCCAGAAGAAAGAGUAGAACCACUUGAUCUCUCAGGUAUUAGGCAAGAGCUAGACAGUUUUUCAGGUGAUCAGAAGAGCUUUGGCACCACUCCAGACACACCACGUCUACCAUCAUCUAACCGCUCUGAUGUCAGAACAUUAAAGUCCAAAUCAUGCUCAUCGCUGCCUUCUGCUCAUUCAAGCCGCCCGGGGUCUAAUACCAAACCCAUUCUACCACCUAUUCCAUCAGGACACAAGAAGUCUCCAAUUUAAUUUAGCCAGCC